CCCGGCGGCGGGCGGCGGACGCGGGCCGGCGGCGUCUCCACUCGCUCGCUCGCUGGCUGCCCGCUCCCUUUUGUCUUUGUGCGUGGCGAUGAGCGCAGGGCCGGCGCGGCGGCUGCGGGCUCACGGACGCGGGCGCUCCUAGCUCCCUCCGGCCUCGGCGCCCGCCCCAGGCAGCGGCCCGCGGGGCCGAACUUGGGCUCGGGAAGCCUGCGGACCGGGUCCUGCGGCGGAGCCGGGGUAUGGUCUAGUGGCCCGGCCAAGGACGCGGAAGCAGCCCCCGGAGGUCCCGCCCCCUGCUCCGUCUCAGCCUCUACUUGGCCUCAGGUGUAGCCGCCGCCGUCGCCGCCGGGCGCCAUGGGCAAACAGAACAGCAAGCUGCGGCCCGAGGUGCUGCAGGACCUGCGGGAGAACACGGAGUUCACCGACCACGAGCUGCAGGAGUGGUACAAGGGCUUCCUCAAGGACUGCCCCACCGGACACCUGACCGUGGACGAGUUCAAGAAGAUCUACGCCAACUUCUUCCCCUACGGCGACGCCUCCAAGUUCGCCGAGCACGUCUUCCGCACCUUUGACACCAACAGCGACGGCACCAUCGACUUCCGGGAGUUCAUCAUCGCGCUGAGCGUGACCUCGCGGGGCAAGCUGGAGCAGAAGCUCAAGUGGGCCUUCAGCAUGUACGACCUCGACGGCAACGGCUACAUCAGCCGCAGCGAGAUGCUGGAGAUCGUGCAGGCCAUCUACAAGAUGGUGUCCUCUGUGAUGAAGAUGCCCGAGGAUGAGUCGACCCCCGAGAAGCGGACGGACAAGAUCUUCAGGCAGAUGGACACCAACAACGACGGCAAACUGUCCCUGGAAGAAUUCAUCAAAGGUGCCAAGAGUGACCCGUCCAUCGUGCGGCUGCUGCAGUGCGACCCCAGCAGCGCCAGCCAGUUCUGAGGGAGGGGCUGCCCACGCCGCCAGGGAGCCCGGCUCGCUCGCCGCUCCAGCUUCGCUUGCCAACGUGGCUGCCUCCGCCGUCACUCCCGCGCUGCCGGGACCACGACCACGGCUCUGGCCCGGCCCUGCCGGCUGCACCUCCCUCCUCCGAUGGCCCUCGCGGUGUCCCUCGCCUCCUGCCCCGCCCUGUCCUUUCCAGGGCGUGUCCGGUGCACAGGCAGCGUGGACACAGGCAGGCAGGACUGGUCGUGACCGAGCGAGGGCGCCCAGGCUCACGGUGACGUCACAGGUGCCUGGGGGCGAGGUGGGGGCGGGGACAGAGGGAGAGCAGAUAGUGAGCCCCUCCCGUGCAUGGCUGCGUCCACCCUGCUGGUCCUCCCACCGAAACCACUUGCACGCCUGUAUGCCGCCGUCUCCUUCCUUUUCGUCCCUAAGUUAGCCGUCUGGUGAAGUGAAGCGUCACGUGUAGGUCCGUAUUUAAUGCCUCCGGUGGCCUUUGACGCGUGGUCCCCCUCGUGGCCUGUGAUCCCUCGAGCCUGGUUGUUUCGUGGUGUGUAUGCAUCGUGCAGCUGCCCGUCGCGAAGGGAAAUGCAUGCCCAGAGCCGUGACGAUGCCGCUGUCCGUCACGAGCACAAGCAUCCGUGUGUGGUCUGUCUUCCUCGUUGAUUGGUCUGGCAUUUCCAGCAUUCAAAAUGAUCAAAUAAACGGAUUCUCCGA